AUGUCGGAUAAAGCAAGAGUUGUUGAGUUUCAAGUGAAAUACAUAUACGUCCUUUCAGCUGUUGUGCCUUUCAUAACUAUCGGCUUGUGCUGGGCCUGCUAUUACGGUCUCAAGCACAACAAAAAUCGAAUUUAUCCGGUUCUCACAAUCUCAGAAACGGUAGAGCUUAUUCCAGAGUCAAGAAUAUUCAAUAUCGGAAUGACUAUUGAAGCCUUCCUGCAAGGAAUUGUAUUCGUUCUUCGUCAACAUUAUUUACAUACAAAAAUUAGGAGAGAAUCUUCGCAUAUAAGGAAAGGUUUGAAGUACGUGACAACAUUUUGUUCAUUUUUCAGCCCAUUUUUACUUAUUGGAUUGGCUAAUUUCGUUGUUUCCGAGUUCUUUUUGAUUCAUAUGUCAACAACAAUAUUAUAUUUCGUAUUGACAUUAUUAUACUUCUUUUUGUAUGACAUUUUGCUUUACUUAAUUGGUCCGAAACCAAAGUUUUAUAGCUAUUUUGUCGUCCUUCUCGCAAUGAUUGCAAGUAUCUGCAGUGUUGCGUUUCGAAAUGCAGUAAUUGUUAGCAAAGUAUCAUUUGUUACCAUUUCUUCAAUAUCUCAAUACUUGGCUGUGUUUUUGCUUUGCAUUAAGUCAAGUCUUACAAUUUUUGAGAUACCAUCACAUGGAAUUCGAUUCUUUAGCAAGUAA